AUGGCGAUACUCCAUCAGUAUGACUACAUCUUUGCCCUGACCGUCAUCUUUGCCUGCCUCGAUGCAUGGAACAUUGGUGCCAACGAUGUCGCCAAUUCCUUUGGCACGUCGGUCUCGUCGAGGUCGCUGACCAUGAAGCAGGCGAUGCUUGUGGCAGCGGUCUGUGAAUUUGGCGGCAGUGUGUCUGUCGGAUCUCGAGUGGCAGACACGAUCCGGACAAAGAUUGUUGACCCUCACCACUACGACUCCUCUCCAGCCGUUCUUCUCCUCGCCAUGAUGUGCACUAUCAUGGGUUCGUCACUCUUUCUCACCUUUGCUACUCGACAAGGUCUGCCCGUAUCAACCACUCACUCUCUCAUCGGUGGCCUUGUAGGAGCUGCCACGGCUUCGAUAGGCAUUGACAAGGUCAACUGGGGAUGGCAUGGCGUCUCUCAAAUCUUUGCUGCAUGGGUCAUUGCCCCAGCCAUUGCUGGCUGUAUCGGUGGCUUGCUCUUUUUCUUUACCAAGAAAUUUGUCCUGACACGGCACACUGCUGUCAAGCGGGCGUUUUACUCGAUCCCUUUCUAUACAUAUCUCACUGUAGCAGCACUAACCAUGCUCCUCGUUUGGAAAGGAAUCCCUACCAUCGACCUCUCUGCCCGUGAUACCGUUAUCGCUGUCUUUGCCACCGCAACUGGAGUCGUUCUUCUCCAGGCCUUUUUCUUACUGCCUUAUCUUUGGACACGAAUCAUGCACGAUGAUUGGACUCUCAGAUGGUACCACGCUUUUCAAGGCCCAAUUCUACUAUGGCGAGCACCUCCUCCUCCAACGCCUGCUGGCUUCACCAAACCCCAUAUCAAGGACUACUAUCGUGGUCACCUCACCCGUGAGGAACUCGACUAUGUCCGUGCAUCCGAAACCCUCCUCGAGUCUAUACAGACACCCGAUGGCCGAAUGCCCGACUUUGACCGAGACGACACAUGGAUUCUCCCUCCGCCAGCCAUGACACCACCAAAGACUCCGCCGAGCCGUUUUGAGCGGCGAGCAUCUUCGGAAUUCAUCCCUCCUCGACCCGAUGGCUCAUGGAACAGCCCGCGUGUGAUGGCCUGGAAGGUCAACCGAGUCCUCCUGCGCGGUCUGGAGAAGGAUGUCGUGGCGAUGCAGAAGCGCAACAACAUCCUGAAUUGGGACCUCGAAGACAUGCACGCCAGGUCAGUCCACUACGACAACCGAGCAGAGUAUAUGUAUUCGGCCCUUCAGAUCCUUACAGCCGCAACGGCCUCUUUCGUCCACGGAGCCAACGAUGUGAGCAACGCCGUCGCGCCAAUCACCACGGCAUAUGAAGUGUGGCUCACCGGCGAGAUUCCUGAUUUCAUCGACAUACCUAUUUGGAUUCUCAUCGUAGGGGGCUCAUGCAUCGUCGUCGGCCUUCUCACAUACGGCUACCACGUCAUGCGCACGCUGGGGAAUCGUUUGACGCUCAUCUCGCCCAGUCGCGGAUUCUGCAUGGAACUCGCAAGCGCCAUCACGGUGCUAAUGGCGACGAGGCUGUCACUGCCAGUGUCAACGACGCAGUGUAUUACAGGAGCAACGGUGGGCGUCGGGCUGGCCAACGGGGACUGGAGGUGCAUCAACCCCAGACUCGUGGCGUGGAUCUACAUGGGCUGGGUGAUAACGCUGCCAGUGACGGGGGUGAUCUCGGGGUGUCUGAUGGGGCUUAUUCUUAAUGCGCCGAACUGGUGA